GCACGACGUUCUCUCGGGAUAUUCGCCUAGCGGUCGCCGUCGGCGCCGGCCUUGCUGCACUGUUUACGCGGCGUAUAUAUACCUAUUUUGUUCGCGAGACUAAGUUCGCUUGAGAUAAUUGAUAACGCGGUACACGCACUUGCAAGUUUACGUGGGAGCUGUUGUAAGCUGUACUCAAGUUUUAAACCGAUUCUAAGCAGCGAAACUUAGAAAUCAAGAUGGGUUGCUUCGUGAGCAAAGAUAAACUCACUAAAGAGGAUAUGGACUUCCUCAAGACCCACACGUCGUACGACGAGACUACCAUCAAGGAAUGGUAUAAAGGAUUCAAGCAAGAUUGUCCUAACGGAAGGCUGACCCCGGCUAAAUUUGUCGACAUGUAUAAGAUGUUUUUCCCAUCUGGUAACGCUGUCGAAUUCUGUGAUCACGUAUUCCGAACAUUCGACAUGGACAAGAACGGAUAUAUAGAUUUUAAGGAAUUCCUACAAGCGAUCCACGUGACCUCCAGUGGAACUCCCGAGGAGAAGCUGAAAUGGGCUUUCCGUAUGUACGAUGUUGAUGGAAACGGGGUGAUUGAUAUUCAGGAGAUGACAAAAAUCGUUCAAGCUAUUUACGAUAUGUUGGGAGCUUGUUCAAGUAACAGGCCAGCUGAUUCGGCUGAAGAGCGCGCAAAGAAUAUCUUCGCGAAGAUGGAUGAGAACAACGACGGUCAGCUCACCCAGGAGGAGUUCCUCAAGGGUUGUCUCCAAGACGAGGAGCUUUCCAAAAUGCUUGCACCUUAAGGCGUUACUUCUUAUCAAUUCAUAACCAUUCUCUCCCUUGUAUACCUCAAUAUGAACCGACGGCGUUAUUUUUUUAUAUUUUACCACUUUAAUUUUUAAUAGUUGAAAGACUCUUUAAGAUUUUGAUAUUUAACAUGAUUGAUGGAUACCCUUACAUUUAAUUCAUCAGAUUCGUUUCGUCUCCUCCGGUGCGAACUGCACCAUAGUAAAGAUUUGAUCUAAAUAUAAAACGCUGACAAGCACGUCUAUAAUGUCGCUAGUCGUAUUAAACUGAAAUGUAUUAUAGCCCGCGAUACGUUUGAUCUGCGGCUAUUGCAUUCGAUCAACCUAAAUCUCAAUUCUAAAACCAGCACGAUCCGAUCUUGUUUAUCAAAAGCCGAUAGUAUUGUUUGCGUCAAUAUAGACACGCCCAACUUUGAUGUAUACAUUUAAAUUCACACAAUGAGGAUGAUCUGUGAAAUCGUUAUUUUAAAUUUUUCUUUUAAUGUCGCCGUUGGACGUCCCCCUAAUAUAAAGUAUUAUGUCCGAACCGUACACUUAUUAGGCAAUCGUUCUCAAACUAUCCUCUCAUUGAACUUUAAAUUUAUCAAUGGUUAAUUAAUGUGCUGCACAAGUAUAAACAAAUGUCAAUCUUACAUUAUUAAGGCAACAAUUAGUAUAGUGGUGAUCGAACAGAGAAGAUCAGAUUGAUAGAUUCAACCGCAGAACCUAACGCAUACCGAACACGCAUCGAUACACACAAUCUGAUCGCUUCUGUGGAAGUUAAGUCGAAUUAUAUGUAAGUUUUAUUAUACGCAUAUUAAUAAGUAUUUAUCGAUCUAAUGUCGAACAUUGGUGUCACAUAUUUCAAAUCUGGUGUUAUAUCUCCUUAUUCACAUAGACAGGGAACGUCAUCUUAUCCACUCAGUUUAAAACUGACAUUCUAGUAUUAGCUGUCCUCGAUGGUUUUUGACUAUUUCAUUCUGACAUCGUUCGACUUGAGCUUAAACAUAUAGACUUCUAGGUAAAGGUUUCAGUCGCUCUUUAAUUUUAUAUUCUUCGAUAUUACAUUCCUCUACUGUGCCUUCUAGUUCCUGAUACAAUAGGUUUUUACUCUCUUCUCUUGUUUUUGUUUCGACUUUUUGCUUCGUUCCAAGCGAUAUCAGCUAUGUUUAAUUGUUUCGGAUAAAAAUAACGCCAAAUUCAUGCACAAGUCUCCUUCCAAAUUGUAGUUAAGGAACAAAAUUUCUAGUGUAUCCUAGUCCCCAUAUCUUUUAGAUUGUAUAUUUAUUAGACGGUAGACUAAUUAAAAUUUAUGAAAAAGCUGUAAUUAUUUUUUAAAUAUGCCAUAUUGUUUGAUGGGGUCGCGAAUUAUGGUUUUGUUGUAUUUAAAUGGUUAUUAGUUUUCAGUGCACGAUUAUUGGAAUAUAAUAAGGAUAACUAUGAUAUCUUUCCGCACAAUUAAAAAACAUAAUAAUAAAUAUCGACUAAAAUACAUGUAAUAGGGAAAUAUUGUAUUAAACAGGUUUGGGUGCUAGUAAAAUAUUAGAUAAAUCGUAAUUUUGUAAUAAAUAUAUAAAAUGUUUAAAAAGUUUGUAGACAUUUUUAAUAUUUGAAUAUAACAUGAUUUUGAUCAAUAUUGUCCGAUAUGUAUAAUGUAUGCACUGAAAACUAAAAAGAAAAUGUUUUUCUUGCCUAAGAUUACAUUCCAUGAGUUUUGUUGACGUAAGUUUUUAUCCUUUUCUUUUUGUAUAUCGGUUUCAUCUAUAAUUCAUAAACUCAUAUUUUAAACAAACUAAUCUUUGUAAAUCUUAAUGUCGUUAAUGUAAAUGAAAACCAUAUUAACGAUGCAUUAAUUCGGUAUUUAAAUGAUAUUAAAAUAAAUGUAACUUAAAAAUUGAAACGGACAAUUAAUAUUUUUAGGAGUAAAUUAAAUUUAAAACUAGUACUAUUUUCAAAUUAAAAACUUUAAAAAUAUAUUCUUUGGAUGAUAAUAAAUACACUAUAAAAUCAGCAUCGCGACCCAAGCUCCCGUAUUACGUUUUAUUUCUCUGUUCAUUAUAAUAAAUAUAUAAUAUUAAUAAAUAAAAAAAAAAAAGGUUUUACUAGAUUUCUCUAUUAAAAGCUAAUGCACAAUUCUAUUUCAAUUUAGAACACAAAUAACUUUUGUGUCUAUACUUAUAAUCUUGGCUCAAAUGUUUAUUCCUAAUAUGCUUAUAAGGUUAUCUAAUUGUUUUAUGUCUGCAAUACUUUGUUCCUCAGAUUUGAAUAAAUUAGAACUGGAAUUAAAUCAUUUUUUUAAUGAUAGCAUGAAGUAGUAAAUAACUACAUUUAAUUGUUCGUAGAUCUGCCUAUGAAUUUUAACUUCGAAAUUGGUUCAAAUAUAAGAUAUUGCAGUUCAUAUAGUUUAUCAUUUUGGCUCUUUGGACUACGACAAAUACAUAUUCUACUAUGCCCUUGUGUUCUGAGAAUUUAGCAGUACUGUAUUUGACCUUGAAUUAUAUUGUAAUAAAUUCAGUUUUACAGAGUAAUUGAGUUGAUAUUUUAGAUUUCUUUUGUUUUUAUUUUUUAGAAAAACCUUGAUCUAAAACUAUUAAUAAGAAUUAAUUUAAAAAUAAUUAAACAUAUUAUUGCAAUAUUUGUUCAGUAUACGACGCUCUUAUGAAGUCAAAUUUUAGUCAAAUUAAUUUGUUUUGUAUUUUUUAAAUCUAAGCAAAUAUUAUUUAGUCAUAAUUUAUUUUUGUCAAAUAUUGUGCUGCUUAAAUUAAUGUAUAUCAUACGUUUGUUUUGUAAAAUGAUCUUGUUAAAGUUUAUAUGCCAAAUAAAUUGUAAUUAUGUAAACUCCUUUGUUAAUUUUCAAUUGUAUACUCUGUGGUCUUUGUCAUUAUAGAAUAAUUAGUUAAGAAUAAUUGCGUAAUUUUUAGUUUUUGGGUGAAGCAGCUCUUUCUGGAGUUAUGUUUAAGUUGUUUUGCACACAAUGGCAGUAGGUUAAAUUAUAUAUUUUUAUUUGUUUUAGGAUUAAGUUAAUGUUAAGAAUCAUGUUUUUUUUUUGUUGUAGGUAUUUAUAUUCAACUGAAAUGUUAUUAUUUUUUUAAAACGGAACAAUAUUUGUAAGAUAUAUUUAUUGUUUAAUUGUAAUUUAUCUGUUCCUCGUGUAUUCUGUUGUAAGUAAAUUUAUAAUUUUAUUUCUAAAAUGUCACUAAAAAUUGUACCAGAAAAGUACAUUCCUUAUUGUUUUGUCUAUCGGGUUGUAAAUUGCUCGAGAUGUUAUUACUUUAUUUAAUUUAAAACAAAUCAACUCUUCACUUCCUUCGCGGACGCAUUUCACUUUAUCGACCUAUUAUCCUCGUAGUUCGUGUUAUAGAUUAAUUAAUUAUAUAACAUUUAAGAUAUGUACUUACGUAGUUGCAUUCGAUAAUAGUCUUAGUAUUUUCUAUUAUUCAAAUAUCAAUUUUGUCGAGUACUGUGCCGCUGGCACGUAGCGCAAUGUAAUUCAGUAAUUUAUUGUAUAAUUUGCAUGCUCAUAAUAUGAUUUAAUAGUAUUCAUGCGACACAUUUGUAAAAAAACGUGCAGUUUAUCAAACUACACGCGAUGCUUGCUGUCACCUUAAAAUAACAUUUCCUUAUAAUUGAUAACAAUUCGGUAAUAGCUUCUACUCGAUGUAACGAAUUGUUAUUUUAUCGUUUCUAUAAUCGAUUUAAAAUAUAUUUUUUUAAAUAUUCUGUAAAUAUUACUAUGUUAGUAUCAUAUCGUAUUCAAUAAACCAAAUCAAUUAUGAAUAUAAAUAUGUUAUUAGGUGACAGCUAAGAUUGUAUAAAAUCAAGUAGGACUGUUUUUUUUAUAAGUAAUUCUAUGAAAAUUAAGUAACGUUAACAAUGAGCAAGUGUACAUUAUUACGCAUUUAUAUUUUGUACUCAAGCAUGAAACUAUUGCAUAUGCGUUUAGUAAAGAUAUUAUAUAGUCUUGACAAAAACUUAGGCGCUCAGUAUUCUUAUUUAUGAUAUAUCUCGCAAGUCUGAGUAAGAUUUUUUAAACAUUUAUUGUGCAUGUCACGUGCACUCAUUUACAAACGUAUCAAUUUUGCAGUGUAUCUUACAAAAGCAACCUUGUCGUACCAGCGUCAUUAGAAUAAUAGAUAGGCACUUAUAUAGAUGGAAAAUAACCACUGUCCCUAUGAAUUCUAUGUUGUAUUUCUAAGAAUACAUAUUUUAAUGAUUCACGUUUUGCCUAUUCAUGUAUAAUAUACAAAUUACAAAAAAAAACCUUCUUAA